GCUAGUGAGCGAUCCUUCUGAAGCUGCUAUAUCUCUACCCCCCCUCCCCCACUUGCUUUCCUCCUUGACUGACUAAUCUUAGUCAAGAAAGUGAACUAAAUGAGUUGCUGCACUGUGAAGAUCAGUCCAGUUGUAGCACGCCGGGCGGAGAGAGGCUGGCUGCUGAGGGAAUACAGACUGCAUUAAAAUGUCACCUGUGUGGGGUGCAGUAAGAAGAAUUUGUACAGUUCUCCUCGUCUUAUCACAAAUUAUUGGUAGUAGAGCUGUUCGGUGUCCUAUUCCAAAUGUGGACAAUGCAUCAAAAGUGUCAGGAUUUACAGGCCCAUACAACCCGAAUUCUGUUGUAAGAUUUAGGUGCAGGCCACAAUAUAAAAUGAUUGGAUCUGACACUGUGAAAUGUAAUGAAAGUAGUAAAUGGGAACCUGAACUUCCAAAGUGUAUUGGUACUUGUCAAUCUUUUCCUCGCUACCAAUAUGCAGAACUAGUAGAGCCGACUACAGAAUUACGUUUUCCCGAAGGAACAAUAUUGAAUUACAGAUGUAAGGAAGGCUAUGAACCUAUUCCUAGUGCAGUCAAUACAGUCACGUGUUUAAGACUCCGCUGGUCUUCUUCUCCUGAGUUCUGUAAACCAAUAACAUGUGUAGAACCAGAAACUGUGCCUAAUGGAAGAAUUAUAUCUGACUCAUUCCUUUAUGGCAGUCAUAUAACUUAUGUCUGUGAAACUGGGUACAAAAUUAAAAACAGCAUUUCCAGAAAAUGUCUUUCAGAUCAAUCUUGGAGUUUGCCCAUUCCUGAAUGUGAAGUUCAAACUUGUGCUACCCCUGAACAUUUACAAAAUGGGUGGUAUAGUCCUGUAAUAGAGGAAUACUUUUACAAUGAUACCAUAACAUACAACUGUCAUGACGGAUUUCAACUGGUUGGCCAAGCUUCGAUUACCUGCCGCAGUGAUGGAAGAUGGAAUUAUAAUACACCAGUGUGUAGAGGCAUUUGUGAUGCUCCUCCCGACCUUCCUUACGCUCAAUUGCAAUUCCAGUAUCUGAGCAUGAAAACUUACUUUGCUGGCACAACCCUUCAAUACGUAUGCAGACCUGGAUAUUAUCAGGUUUACGGCUACACAAAUUAUAUAACUUGUUUAGGAAACUUCACAUGGUCAAAAAUAUCUGAGUUCUGUAAAAUUUACAAAUGUGGCAGCCCAGCAUAUGUAAAGAAUGGAUGGUAUGAUCCCGAAAUGGAAGAAUAUUUUUACAACGAUACUGUAACAUAUGGCUGUGAUGAAGGAUUUCAGCUUGUUGGACAAGAUACAAUUACCUGUCUCGAUCAGAGAAGAUGGAGUUAUAAUACACCAGAGUGCAGAGGUAUUUGUGAUGCUCCACCUGACCUUCUUUCUGCUCAAUUGUAUUCCCAGUAUCAGAACAUAAAAACUUUCUUUACUGGCACAACUCUUCAAUACGUAUGCAGACCUGGAUAUUAUCAGGUUUACGGCUACACAAAUUCUAUAACUUGUUUGGGAAACUUCACAUGGUCAAAAAUAUCUGAGUUCUGUAAAAUUUACACAUGUCCUACUCCUGCAUAUGUAAAGAAUGGAUGGUAUGAUCCCGAAAUGGAAGAAUAUUUUUACAACGAUACUGUAACAUAUGGCUGUCAUGAAGGAUUUCAGCUUGUUGGACAAGAUACAAUUACCUGUCUCGAUCAGGGAAGAUGGAGUUAUAAUACACCACAGUGCACAGGCAUUUGUGGUGACCCACCUGAACUUCAUUUUGCUCAACUGGAUCUCGGAUUUAAACACAUCACAACCUUCUUUGUUGGCAGCCCAGUACAAUACAACUGUAGACCUGGAUAUAUUCGGAAUAGCAUGUACAACAAUAAUAUAGCUUGUUAAGGAAAUUUUACAUGGUCGCAAAACACUGAGUUCUGCAGCCACACAUUGGAAUUUCGGGGGAAGACAAGAAAGAAUAAGGAUGAACCGAGAAGGUGGAUGAGGAUCCCACUAAGUAAUCGUUUGUUUUUGCAAACCUGUGUACAAGAAUUAUUUGUUUUUUUCUUGUAUAUCUUUUCUCUCUUAUGGAAUGGUGUUACUGUCCCGUUGGCAUAUACAAGGGAAUAAUUUGGAUUAUAUAGAUAUAGUGCUGAUUACCUAACGCAUAACUCUUUUGGUCUGAUCCAUUAUUAGAGGAGAACCCUCUAGGUCAUGAGAUGCAGCGAGGAAUUGACCGAAGGUGCUGAUGACACUAGCGUUAUCACGAUCGGCGUAACUGUCACAUACGUGACACGGAGGGAGGAAAAGAGGGAGGCCCUGCCCUAGUGAGAGGGAAGGUGGUGACCCCUGACUCACCUUGCGUCUGGC